AUGGAAUCACCCAGCCGGGCAUCUUCGUCCCACGGUUUUCCCGGGUCCAACUUCCACGCUUCGUCCUCUCCGCCAGCGUCCUCUCAUUCCCAGCGAAGGUCCUGGCGGUCGCCGUCGGAGCUGUUCUCUCGUCGCUCCUCAGCGCCAUCGGAGAGAGCACAAGCUGCAGGCUCUGCUGGCCCUGAGGCUUCAGGAGAACAGACUCCGCGCGAGCAUUACUAUGAGGAGAGUUCGGUCACAGACGAACCAAAAUGGUGGCGGAUUCGUUUCUUCCGCGGCAUGGUUGACGAUAUCAAACGGAGAGCUCCUUAUUAUUGGAGUGACUGGGCGGAUGCCUGGGAUUACCGCGUUGUCCCUGCUACUGUCUAUAUGUAUUUUGCGAACAUUCUACCGGCUUUGGCUUUCUCGCUUGAUAUGUUCGAGAAAACUCAUCAGAGUUAUGGCGUCAAUGAGGUGCUUCUAGCUUCAGUCUUGGGCUCUUUUGUGUUUUCCGUCUUUGCGGCUCAGCCAUUGGUGAUAGUUGGUGUUACUGGUCCGAUUACUGUGUUCAAUUACACAGUUUACGACAUUAUCGCACCACGAGGUACUCCAUAUCUUGCGUUUAUGUGCUGGAUUGGCAUCUGGUCGCUUAUUAUGCAUUGGAUACUUGCUAUAACUAACGCGUGCAAUGGCCUGACCUAUGUUACUCGCUUUUCCUGUGACAUUUUUGGAUUCUACGUUGCAUUUAUUUACCUCCAGAAAGGAAUCCAGGUGCUGACGAGGCAGUGGGGAUUCGCCGGAGAGACAUCUGCGUACUUGAGCAUCAUGGUGGCCCUGCUCGUCCUUAUGUCUGCGUGGAUUUGCGGAGAGCUUGGAAACAGCAGCCUAUUCCAGAGAUAUGUCCGCAAAUUUUUGGAGGACUACGGCACGCCUUUGACAAUCGUUUUCUUCACUGGCUUCGUCCACAUCGGCCACAUGAGGACUGUGGAGGUUGCGACGUUGCCUACUUCGAAAUCCUUCUUUCCUACGGCGGAUCGUGGAUGGUUGGUGCAUUUCUGGGAUAUUGAUGUUGGGGAUAUCUUCCUCGCCAUACCUUUUGCUAUUCUCCUUACUAUCCUGUUCUACUUCGACCACAAUGUAUCGUCACUUAUUGCGCAGGGGACGGAGUUCCCCCUCCGUAAGCCAGCAGGUUUCCACUGGGACAUCUGGCUGCUGGGUCUGACUACCUUCGUUGCCGGAAUCCUGGGUAUCCCGUUCCCAAAUGGCCUCAUCCCGCAAGCACCCUUCCACACCGCGGCUCUUUGCGUCACCCGCAAUGUCGCGGAUGAGGACGACACCAACAAGGGCAAAACAAUCCGCGUCACCGAUCACGUCGUGGAGCAGCGAGUCAGUAACCUUGCACAGGGUCUCCUGACACUGGGCACCAUGUCUGGCCCACUCCUUAUAGUCCUCCAUCUAAUCCCACAAGGCGUCAUGGCCGGUCUCUUCUUCGUCAUGGGUGUCCAAGCCCUCCAAGGCAACGGUAUUACCCAGAAACUGAUCUUCCUGGCCCAAGAUCGUGAUCUCACGCCACGGUCAGACCCGCUCAAGGGUUUGGAGCGCCGCAGGGCUAUCUGGGUGUUUGUCAUUCUUGAACUCAUCGGCUUCGGCGGCACCUUUGCCAUCACGCAGACGAUUGCUGCUAUUGGAUUCCCGGUCAUUAUUCUGUUCCUGAUUCCUGUGCGCUCCUUCCUGCUGCCUCGCUGGUUUACUCAGGAGGAACUCCCUGCGUUGGAUGGGCCCACUGCAAGUCCGUUUACUAUGGAGAGCGUUGGCGGUGUUUAUGGACACACUCCUCGCCCUGAAGAAGCAAAUACGCAAAAUUCAAGGGGAGAGGGCCUUAUGGCUCCCGUUGAGCCUGGUCUGGUUCCUUCGGCUCCGGAGAAUGAUAUUGAAAUGGGGGUCUACGAGCACCAGGCGAGACGGAGGGGACAUACGGGAAGCCGAAGUGGAUAG